AUGCAAGUUGAUACUCCCCAGGAGACGGUCGAGAUGCUCAAGCACGGGGAGAUCGACGAGUCUCUGUACAGCCGACAGCUCUAUGUUCUUGGUCAUGAGGCGAUGAAACGCAUGGGUUCCUCCAACGUGCUCAUUGUUGGACUCAAGGGCCUGGGUGUCGAGAUUGCCAAGAACAUUGCCUUGGCCGGAGUCAAGUCCCUCACCCUCUACGAUCCUGCCCCUGUCGCCAUCUCCGAUCUAUCAUCCCAGUUCUUCCUCCAGCCGGAAGAUGUCGGCAAGCCCCGCGCCGAAGUAACGGCCCCCCGAGUGGCGGAGCUGAACUCAUACGUCCCCGUCACAGUGCACGAGGGUAAUAAUAUCGCGGAGGACCUGGAGCAGCUGAAACGCUACCAGGCCGUCGUCCUCACCCUGACGCCUUUGAAGGACCAGCUGGCCAUCGCCGACUUUUGCCAUCAGAACGGCAUCUACGUCACCGUCACGGACACCUUCGGUCUGUUUGGCUACCUCUUCAACGACUUUGGCAAGAACUUCACCGUGGGCGAUGCGACGGGCGAAGAGGCUACCGGUCUAGUUUCGGCGCUAGACGAGACUCGCCAUGGUCUGGAAGACGGCGAUUUUGUGACUUUCUCCGAGGUCAAGGGGAUGGAGGGUCUGAACGACAGCGCGCCCCGCAAGGUCACCGUCAAGGGCCCUUAUACCUUCUCUAUCGGAGACGUCUCUGGCCUUGGAACGUACCAGAGUGGCGGUCUCUUCACGCAGGUCAAGAUGCCCAAGUUUGUAGACUUCCAGCCGCUUAGCGAGCAGUUGAAGAAGCCAGAGCUCGUGAUGUCCGAUUUCGCCAAGUUCGAUCGGCCCCAGCAGAUGCAUAUCGGUGUCCAGGCUCUUCAUAAGUUCGCCGAGAACCAUGAUGGCCAGCUUCCUCGCCCCCACAAUGAGAGCGACGCCCAGGAUGUGCUCAAGAUCGCGAAUGAUCUCGCCUCGGGCGAAGAGGACAAGGUGGAGUUGGACGAGAAGAUUAUCAAGGAGCUCAGUUACCAAGCUCGUGGUGAUCUCAAUCCUCUCGCUGCUCUGUUCGGCGGUAUUGCAGCCCAGGAAGUCCUGAAAGCGGUGUCUGGGAAAUUCAGCCCUGUCAAGCAGUGGCUCUAUUUUGAUUCCCUGGAGUCUCUUCCCUCCUCUACGGCCCGUUCUGAGGAGAGCUGCAAGCCUCUUGGAAGCCGCUACGACGGCCAGAUCGCUGUGUUUGGCAAGGAAUUCCAGGAUAAGAUUGCCAACGUCAAGCAGUUCCUCGUUGGUGCUGGAGCCAUUGGUUGUGAAACCUUGAAGAACUGGGCCAUGAUGGGCCUGGGAACUGGCCCCGAGGGAAAGAUCUUCAUCACCGAUAUGGACCAGAUUGAGAAGAGCAACCUCAACCGCCAGUUUCUCUUCCGUACCAAGGAUGUUGGGCGACUCAAGAGCGAGUGUGCGACCACAGCAAUUCAAGCAAUGAAUCCGGAGCUGCAGGGCAAGAUCGUCGCGCUCCGCGACCGGGUGGGACCAGACACCGAACACGUUUUCGACGAGAAAUUCUGGGAAGGCUUGGACGGGGUCACCAAUGCGUUGGACAAUGUUGAUGCGAGAACCUACGUCGAUCGACGCUGCGUCUUUUUCCGAAAGCCCUUGCUCGAGAGCGGCACCCUUGGCACUAAGGGCAAUACCCAGGUCAUCCUUCCGCAUAUCACCGAGUCCUACUCGAGCUCCCAGGAUCCUCCUGAGAAGACGUUCCCGAUGUGCACGCUCAAAAGCUUUCCCAACCGCAUCGAGCACACCAUUGCCUGGGCCCGGGAUCUUUUCCAGACGUACUUCGUUGGUCCCCCGGAGGCGGUCAACAUGUACCUAUCCCAGCCGAACUAUAUUGAGCAAACGCUCAAGCAGGCUGGCAAUGAGAAGCAGACCCUGGAGCACCUGCGCGAUUUCCUGGUGACGGAUAAGCCCUUGACGUUCGACGAUUGCAUCGUGUGGGCCCGUACUCAAUUCGAGAAUCAAUACAACAACGCCAUCCAACAAUUGCUCUACAACUUCCCCAAGGACUCCACGACCUCUUCGGGCCAACCUUUCUGGUCUGGCCCUAAGCGGGCUCCGACGCCGCUCAAGUUCGACAGCACCAACCCCACCCACCUUGGGUUCAUUAUCGCGGGCGCGAACCUGCACGCGUUCAACUACGGUAUUAAGAGCCCUAAUGCCGACAAGGAGUACUACCGCAAGGUCGUCGACAACAUCAUCGUCCCGGAGUUCACGCCCAAGUCUGGGAUUAAGAUCCAGGCUGACGAGAACGAGGCCGACCCGAAUGCCCAGCAAUCGGGGUCGUCUUUCGAUGAUGGCAACGAGAUCCAGAAUCUGGUUGAGUCUCUGCCGUCACCCAAAUCCCUUGCCGGCUUCCGCUUGAGCCCGGUGGAGUUCGAGAAGGACGAUGAUACCAAUCACCACAUCGACUUCAUCACGGCCGCCAGCAAUCUCCGUGCCGACAACUACGAAAUUCCCCAGGCCGACCGCCACCGGACCAAGUUCAUCGCUGGCAAGAUCAUCCCUGCGAUUGCCACCGCCACUGCCUUGGUGACCGGAUUGGUUGCAUUGGAGCUGUACAAGAUCAUCGACGGCAAGGAUGACAUUGAACAGUACAAGAACGGGUUCGUCAACCUUGCCCUCCCCUUCCUGGGCUUCAGCGAGCCUAUCGCCAGCCCCAAGGGCAAAUACAUGGGUAAGAAUGGUGAAGUCACGGUGGACAAGAUCUGGGACCGUUUCGAGGUGGCGGACAUCCCGCUCAAGGACUUCAUCCAGCACUUUGCGGACCUGGGCCUGGACAUCAGCAUGGUGAGCUCGGGAGUCAGCCUGUUGUAUGCCAGCUUCUACCCGCCGUCGAAGCUGAAGGACCGCCUUCCUAUGCCGAUGAGCAAGCUGGUGGAGCACAUCAGCAAGAAGCCCGUUCCGGAUCACCAGAAGAACGUCAUCUUCGAGGUGACGGCCGAGGACCAGAAUGAGGAGGAUGUGGAGAUUCCGUACGUGAUGGUGACUCUUCAGAAUUUUAUAUCACCAUCGCCAUUCCUGCUCGAUUUUUCCUCUCUCAUGUUCUCCUUCCUCCGCCAAACUCACCGCAUCACCCAGCGCAUCGCAUCAGCUAGAGUCAUCGCGCCCGCGCCAAUCUACAGACCCUCAUCAACCUCCGUAAUCUCCGCACUUCCAACACGCACCAUGGCCACCAACACCGCAAACAAAAUAACCAACUGGGUCAACCCCAACGACAAAUCCGGCGAGUUCAAGCGCCAGGAGUCAUCCUUCCGGAACUGGAUCUCCAACGAACCAGGCGCGGAGUUCCCCCCUGAGAAGGGCAGAUAUCAUCUUUAUGUUUCGUAUGCGUGUCCGUGGGCUCAUCGCACUUUAAUCACCCGCAAGCUGAAGGGACUGGAGGAUAUCAUCUCGUAUACGUCCGUGCAUUGGCAUCUGGGAGAGGGAGGAUGGCGAUUCGCAACACAGGACGAAGCAGUUCCUAGUGACAACUUCACCUCAGACCCGCUGCAUCCGCAAUUCACCCAUCUCCGCGAGAUUUACUUCGCCGAUGAGCCUAACUAUAGUGGCCGAUAUACGGUCCCUUUGCUGUAUGAUAAGAAGGCGCAGAAGAUUGUGAGCAAUGAGAGCUCCGAAAUAAUCCGCAUGCUCUACACCACCUUCGACGACCUCCUCCCCCCAUCCUUCCAGAAAAUCUCCCUCUUCCCCGAACCCCUCCAAGAAUCCAUCGACUCCGCCAACUCCUGGAUCUACCCAACAAUCAACAACGGGGUGUACCGCUCAGGCUUCGCCACCACGCAAGAAGCCUACACCAAAGCCGUAACCGAGCUCUUCACCAGCCUCGACAAAGUCGAAUCCCACCUCUCCUCCACCCCCGGCCCGUACUACUUCGGCGCAAACAUAACAGAGGCAGACAUCCGACUCUUCACGACCAUCAUCCGCUUCGACCCCGUCUAUGUGCAGCACUUUAAGUGUAACGUGCGCGAUAUCCGCAGCGGCUACCCGGCGCUGCAUCGCUGGAUGAGGCGGCUUUAUUGGGAGGUUCCUGCUUUUGGGGAGACUACUAAGUUUGAUCAUAUUAAGUUUCAUUAUACGCGCAGUCAUAGCCAUAUUAAUCCUUAUGGGAUUACGCCUGCUGGGCCUGUGCCGAAUGUUUUGCCGUUGGGGGAGGAGGUUACUGCUGUUGGGGCGAAGUAG